UGCUGUUGGUGCUGUCUGCCAGCAUAGUGAACACUGAGGGUGAUCAAGGCCCGUAUGAAAUGGGCGUUUGGAAUAAAAAGGAUCAACCAUUAUGGGAACAACUGUCCACAUUGCAGAAGGAGAUGAAGAGGCUGAGUCGUGAACAAGUCAUAUUAAAACAGAAACAGAAGGCCAUAGACCGAAUGCUGAUCAUGGAUGAGAAUGUGACCUCGUUGACAGAAAGUGGCCGCCAUCAGCUUUUCCCGCCGCAGAACUUUCGGAGUUACAGACGCGCGGCCAGAAAGAGACACAUUCACUUCUUUGCCUCACAUCCUGGGAGUCUCGAAGGAAAGGUGAACCGUAUCACAUUCAGCAAAGUUCUUGUUAAUAAGGGUGCGGGCUUCAAGAAAAAAACUAGUGUGUUUCGAGCCCCUGUCUCCGGUGUCUACCAGUUUUAUUUCUCUAGUCAGUCUAAGGGCAACGCAACCGUCCUGUGGCUAGUCAUCAAAAACUACUGGGUCGCUGUCGCACGUGCAGAUGUCAAAACCCCUGCUUCCACUCUUGGUACAUACAUGACGACUCUCUGUAAAAAUGACAAGGUUUAUGUUAACCAAGUCACCGGAAACAACCCAGGCUACCACCGGCAAGCCUUUUUCUGUAGGAACCGGCAUUUUGAGUUCGGCUACGAAUAG